AUGAAGGAAAAAAACAAGAAGAUGUAUCUGUGGGCAGGAGCUGGCGACCUAACCGGGGAUGCUAUGGGCUAUGUGACGGGUGUGCUGGCAGUGCUGAUACACGCUGCCUACCUGGUGCUCAUUCAGAAGACCAGUGUAGACAGUGAAUAUGGACCCCUGACAGCUCAGUAUGCCAUUGCUGUUUCGGCCACCCCUUUUCUCAUCAUCUGCUCAUUUGCCAGCAUGGAUUCCAUCAACGUAUGGUCCUUCCCAGGGUGGAAGGACCCUGCCAUGGUAUGCAUCUUUAUCGCUUGCGUUCUGAUUAGCUGUGCCAUGAACUUUACCACCCUUCACUGCACUUAUAUUAACUCGGCUGUGACCACCAGCUUUGUGGGGGUGGUCAAGAGCAUAGCAACCAUCACAGUGGGCAUGGUGGCAUUCAAUGAUGUGGAGCCCACAAAGUUAUUUAUAGCUGGUGUUGUGGUCAACACCGUGGGGUCUGUCAUUUACUGUGUGGCCAAGUACAUUGAGACCAGACGGCAGAGCAAUUAUGAGGACCUGGAGAAAGAAGGUGGAGAAGAGGAGGAGAAAAGGCAGGCUGGGGACCUGUUUGCCAUGGAGGUGAUUUCCCAGGAGAAGGGGUCUGAGGAAGCAGCAGUGGAAGGAUCAGCCAAGGGAGACAGCCAGAGCGGAGAGGAAGAGAAGGACGGCACUGAGAAACCUGCCGAGGGACUGACGGUCCAGGAAAAAGCCACCAGCACACAAGAAGUGAACAGGAGUUUGCUGAAGGAUGCCUACCUUGGAGUAUGGAGGUUGGUGAGGGGUGCUAAUUAUAUAAAGAAAGAUUAUUUGAUAGAAAAUGAAGAGCUACCAAACCCUUAA